GACCGGCAGCUCCUGUUCAGCCGCAACGAGCCGGCCCAGUCGAGCGCGUCCUGUGCGAAGGGUCAUCCUUUUGCCGCAGAAUGCGGCAAAUAGGAGCUCCCCUUAAGAAUUCCUCUUGUCCUCGUGAUAUUUCCCAACUUUCCCCUCUUGUCUGAUUGGUACCUCUCCAACGCCUGCUUCUUGGGAUCAGUUGGCCGGAAGAUCAGCAGCUUUAGUUGCCUACUGAUUCCUCUUUUGCUUGGGUGUGGAAGGAUGGCAGAGCACUCUGAGAAUGCGGCAGAGAACAUGAUGAGCGGCAUCAUGGACGCCAUUGCCGACAAGAUCCCCAAGCAAAAGUCUGUCAGGUUCGACGAUGAGGGCUCCAUCUCCGGCCAAGCCAAGAAGCUCUUUGGCGGCCACAAGUCUGUUCACCACGUCCUCGGCGGUGGAAAAUCCGCUGAUGUGCUACUGUGGAGGAACAAGAAGAUCUCAUCCAGCGUUCUUGCUGUUGCAACAGCUGCCUGGGUCUUCUUCGAGUGGCUCGACUACCAUUUCUUGACCAUCGUAUCAUUUGUGCUUGUUCUUGGCAUGGUUGUCCAGUUCGGAUGGUCCAGCUUCGCAGGCAUGCUCAAUGGGUCUCCCUCUAACGUGCCCCGUUUGGAGUUACCGGAAGAGCUGUUUGCAAACAUCGGCGUAGCUGUCGGCGCCCAGGUGAACAAAUUCUUGGGAAGCCUUCAGGAUGUGUCUUGUGGAAGAGACCUGAAGCAGUUCCUCAUGGUGGUCGCCGGGUUCAUUGUCACCGCUUUCAUCGGGAGCUGGUUCAGUCUCAUCACCGUCAUCUACAUCGGGUUUGUGUGUGCACACACUCUACCAGUGUUCUAUGAGAGGUAUCAUGAUCAAGUCGAUGAGGUGCUGUACAACAUGCUUGGGUUGAUUGGGAGUCAGUACCAGAAGCUUGACAAGGGCGUCUUGAGCAAGAUGCCUAAAGGGAACCUCAAGUUCAGGAAGAGCCAGUAGUAGUUGGAUCCGGAUGAACGUGUUAGAAUUAAUGGGUUUGGCCAUGUGCAUUUCCAGAAAUUCCAAAAGCCUAUGAAUAAAUGGUAAGACGUGGUGCAAAUCUUUAA